AUGACGAGGCCCUCAAGGACGAAGACUUUCAUAUGCGUGACAUGCAAGAAGGACACUUUCAAGACUGCCGCUGCCCUCUCUGCGCACCAGACCGCGCUGGACCAUUUCCUGGACUGUCCCCAGUCUGGCACCCCAUUUGCGACCUGGCGUGAGUUCAACAGUCACACCUCAUCAUACGUGAAAAGACAGAAGACCAUGUCUGCUGAGGAGGCAGUCAUUGCAGCUCCAGCCCCAGCAUCAACACCAGAACUGGCAUCAACACCGGAGCCAGCAAUAGGUGCAGCUCCUAGUGAGCAGAUACACGCAGGGAUUGCCACACAGCCAAUCCCACCUAUUCCCGAGCAGGAUCCUAUCGUCGUCCCGAUACACGAAUGCGAUCUACUGUACGAACGACUUCUCGCAAGAUGCCACUCCCUCUCCCGCCUUGGGAAUCAUGGCUAUCGCCUAACGGCCGCGCCUCCGAAGAAAUGUUUGCGCCGCUCUGGGAAAGGAAAACAGGCGGACGAACCUAAGCGAGAACAUCAUGAGCAAGAGAAAGAUAAACAGCAGACGGAAAUAUCCCAACGGGAGAAAGAAACGGAGGCGAAGGUCGAUUUGGGCUUCCUUUCAACACCAACAUCAAUGCCAUGGCAAUUUCCAAAGAGGAAAGCGAUUGCUCUUGACUGUGAGAUGGUUGGCGUUGGCCCAAAGGGGAACCAAGAUGCGCUGGCCUUUCUCAGCGCCGUGGACUUCUUCACAAGCGAGGUUCUCAUCAAUAAUUACGUUCAGCCUACGGAGAAGAUAAAGCAAUGGAGAUCUCGUGUUAGUGGCGUGACGCCUCCGGGACUGGCGGCUGCAGUAGCCAGUGGACAGGCAAUUUUCGGUUGGGAAGCUGCACGACAAGCUCUGUGGGAACACGCCGACGCCAAUACUGUUCUUAUUGGACACUCUCUGGACAAUGAUCUUCGGAUUCUUCGGAUUCUACACUUUAAAGUCGUCGACUCUGCGAUACUGACGGGCGAGCUGGUGUUCGACCCAGCACCUGAUGCUCGGCUAAGGCGCAGUUGGGCCUUGAAGACGCUUGCCAAAGCCUUGCUCAACCGCGAUAUCCAGAUUGGAAACCACGGUCACAACUGCCUCGAGGAUACUUUUGCCACACGCGAUGUGAUUAUCUGGUGCUUGAAAUAUCCGGACGAAGCGGCGGCCUGGGCAGAUGGUGCUAGAAAGGAGCACGAGAUCAAGAUGGAACAGUUAAGGCAGCAGCAGGCAUUGGAGCACGAGCUCGCGUUGAUGCGAUUCCCUAAUUAUCCCAUAGCGUAG